GUCAACGAUUAGAUGAUAUUAAUAAACAAAAUCUUAUGAAAUUAACAAAUGAAAAUCAAAUAUUGACGUAUGAUGAAUAAAUUUCUUUUAAUAAAUUUUUUUAUAUAAAUAUAUUUUAUAUUAGAAUAAAAAUAUUGAACUUGAAUUUGAAUUAUUACGUUUACGUGAACGUUAUAAUGGAUUAAUUGCACAUACAAAUACACUUAAAUAUGAAUUAAAUAAUGUACAAAAACAAUUACAUGAAAAAGAAAAAAUUGAGCCAAAUUUAAAUGUUGAUUUGGAAAAAGAACGACGACGUGCAGAUGAAUUUGACAAUGAUUAUAAAUCUUUAAAAAUAAAAUAUGAUGAUGUAUGUGAACGUAUUCGUAUAGCUACACAUCAAUUAGAACAUGUACAAAUUGUACUUGAAGAAACAUCACGUCGUUGUGAACAAUUGGAAAAAGAAAAGUCUGAAAUUAAUGCUCAAUCUGGAUAUCUUUCACAAAAUGUUCUUAAUGUAACAUCAAAAUAUAAAGAUAAAUUAAAUAUAAUUAAAGUUCGUUUAGAACAAGCAGAACGUGAAAAACGUGAAGUACAACUUCAUAAUGAAAAAUUUCAAAAUGAUAGACAACCGUUUGAUGUAAAAAAGGAUGGAAUUCUAGAAAGUGUUGUAGUAACAAAAAUAUUUGAUGUUAAAAUUAUUCCAUCAGAUCAUUCAUUAUCGGAUGAAUAUGAAAAUCGAUAUUUAUAUGAAUUACAACAAGAACGAAAGGUAACAAAUUUCAAAAUGAUAGAUAAUAAAUAA